AUGGAGCCUAUCACACGGAAAGCUGAGUUGCCUCUCGUCAACAAGACGGAGUCACGCACUCAAUCGUCUCCGGCGCGCUCGUUGCUGCGUCCCAGUGGUGCAGAUGAGCUGCACGACUUGCUCUGUGUGGGCUUUGGCCCGGCCUCCCUCGCCGUUGGUAUUGCCUUGCACGAUGCUAUGGACCCGACUUUGAACCGCAACACUCCCAAUUCCUUCAAGCCGAAGGUGUGCUUCCUGGAGCGCCAGAAGCAAUUCGCGUGGCACUCUGGUAUGCUGGUCCCCGGAUCGCGCAUGCAGAUUUCCUUCAUCAAGGACCUGGCUACCCUCCGUGAUCCCCGCAGCAGCUUUACCUUCUUGAACUACCUGCACCACAAGAACCGCCUCAUCCACUUUACCAACCUGGGAACCUUCCUGCCCGCUCGUAUGGAGUUUGAGGACUACAUGCGCUGGUGUGCGCAGCGAUUUGAUAACGUUGUGAACUACGGCGAGGAGGUGGUGGAGGUGGUGCCCGGAAAUACCACUGAUGGCGUGGUGGAAUACUUUGUGGUUCGCUCCCGCAACACCGAGACUGGUGAGAUCUCAUCCCGGAGAGCUCGUAAAGUCGUUGUGGCCCUCGGUGGUAAGGCCAAGAUGCCCCCGGGCUUCCCCCAGGACCCGCGCAUCAUGCACUCGUCCAAGUACUGCACCACUCUACCCGCGGUACUCAAGAACGACAGUGCCAACUACAAAAUUGCCGUCGUGGGUAGCGGCCAAAGUGCCGCUGAGAUCUUCCAUGAUUUACAACGGCGGUACCCCAACUCCAACACUACCCUGAUCCUCCGUGAUACUGCUCUGCGUCCCAGUGACGACUCUCCCUUCGUCAACGAGAUCUUCAACCCUGAGCGUGUGGACAAGUUCUUCCAACUGCCCGCGGAGGAGCGCGCCAAGCGCAUUGCGAUUGAGAAGGCCACUAACUACUCGGUGGUGCGCCUGGAGCUGAUUGAGGAGAUCUACAACACCAUGUACCUGCAGCGGAUGCAGAACCCCGACGAGAAGCAGUGGCAGCACCGUAUCCUCUCGGAGCGUGCCAUUGGCCGCAUCGAGCACCACAACCCCGCCUCCCGCAUGCGCGUGCAUGUGAAAUCGAUCAAGGAUGGCAACAACGAGGGCAAAGAGGUACUGGAAGUUGACGCCCUGAUGGUGGCUACUGGAUACCUUCGUGAUGCGCACGAGCAGCUGCUGGAGCAGGUGCGUGGAUUACGACCUGCCGGUCAGGCCGUGUGGACCCCCGGCCGCGACUACCGGGUCCAGCUGGAUGAUAGCAAGGUUAGCCGUCAUGCAGGUAUUUGGCUGCAGGGUUGUAAUGAGAAGACCCACGGUCUCAGUGACAGUUUACUAUCCAUCCUGGCGGUGCGUGGCGGUGAGAUUGUCAACUCGGUGUUUGGGGAACAGCUCUCGGGCGCGUCGGUGCAGGACACCCGUUUGCGCGCGAUGCUGUAA